UAUCGCAUCCGGCAAGGGAGCAAUAAAAAUUUAAAUUUUCUAAAAAAAUAACUCCAUUUAUAAGUGAUAUUUGGUGUGAAAGAGAUUAGUCCCGGAGUGCAAGAAAUUAUUGAUUGCAGUUGAAAACUUUAGCUAUCGAUAGUUUUAUAGCCAUUGCACUUGGGACGUUUGCAACACUGUUUGUAAAAGUGCGUUUACACUCGGAAUUUUGGCAAAAUAAAUAAGAAAUGGACGGGGAAGACACCGACUGGCAAAACUGCCUGGUCGAAAUAAAGGACCGCGGCCAAUAUUUGCUGCGUUCGGAAAAGUGGGCCGACUGCCGCUUCUUGGUGGGCACUCCGCCAAAUCAGCAGUUGGUUGCUGCACACAAACUCCUGCUGGCGAUGGCCUCACCAGUUUUCGAGACAAUGUUUUUCGGCAACCUGCCGGACAAGACAGAUCCCAUCGUCAUAUCGGAUGUGCAGCCCGAGGCGUUUGAGGCUCUGCUGGAGUACAUCUACACCGACCGCAUCCACAUUACUUCUUUCGACAAGGCCUGUGAACUGUGCUAUGUGGCCAAAAAGUACAUGCUGCCCCAUGUGGUGACGCGCUGCACCCAUUUUUUGUGGGCCGAUCUCAGCCCGAAAAACGCCUGUCGGGCCUACGAAUUCGCCAAACUCUUCGAUGAGCCGCGCCUAAUGCAGAGCAGCAUGGACCUUAUCGCCGCCAACACCCGUGAGGUUUUGUCGGAUCCCAGCUUCCUCGACAUCGAGGUGCCCACCCUGAUGGCCAUACUGGACCAGAAUCGCCUGAACAUCGACUCGGAGCUGGAUUUGUUCAACUGCCUGCUCAAGUUUGCCAACGAGCGCGGCAUGCUCAACGAGUCUGGCCAGGAGGAUGAUGCCAGCGGUGGGGAGGCGACCGGGGAGGGGGGCCACGUUUUGGUGGAAGAGAUCAAGAUGGAGCCCGAUGUAGCGGCUAUGGUGCAGCACAUGCACCAGGACGAGGAAGGUGAGUCCAGCUUCGAGUCAGAUCCGUUUAGCCAGCCGUCGACGUCGGCAGCUGGAACUGGAAUGGCUGCCUCCGCUGCCGAAGCAGCCGGAAGCUCUGCAUCAGCUGCCUCUCCGCCCGUGAAUGUUGAGAUCGAUGUGGCCGCCGCCGCCGCCGCCGCCUCUGACGACGUGGUGAUCAUCGACAGCGACGCUUCGGGCGAUGCUGCCGCCAAUAUGAUCAACCUAAUGGAUGCCCAGCGCACAAUCCUGGACGGAGCCAUGUUGCGCCAGGCCGUCAAGAAGAUCCGCUUUUUGACGAUGACACCUAAGCAGUUCGCCGAGGGGCCGGCGCGCUCCAAGCUGUUGCAGCAACACGAGGCCCUGGCCAUACUCAUCAAGAUCUCUAGUCCAACCCUGAACGACUGCCGCAUGCCCGAGGGCUUCUGUGUUUCGCGGAGCAUGCGGAACUACUACGAGCCCGGACUGCGAAUGGGAAACCGAGAGCUGGGCUCCGCUUACCGUCACCCGAGCACGGUUGUAACUUCGGGGAUCUGCUUUUCGGGCGCCGGGCCGUCCAUUCGCAGCGGCGGUUGCCCAAUCAUGAUGAGCAACUCCCAGCCGGCCUACCCCCGCAUGGGCCCCGCGUUUGGAUUCGGCUUUGGCGAUGAACAGCAGCUGGGCAUAAGAGCCCCGGACCAGAUGGGCGUGCCGGAACCAGCUCCUCUGCCGACCGGAAUGCGAUGCUUUGGGGAUGCCUACGAGGGGGGACCAGUGGGCCCGCCACUACCGCCCAACGAGAACGAGCCAUCUGCUGGACCCGUGCCAGCCCUGGGAGGACCCGGAGCCGCCCCAUCAGGUAAUUCGCACAAUGAUAUGGUGCGCGCCUACUGUAAGCGCUCCCUUACCCGCCAGUUCGAUUUCCGCAACACGAGCGUUACGGAUGCUGGCGUAACCUUUCAAGUCGACACCAAUAUUUGGAUUUUAGGCGUCCAGGUACCUACGAGGGUGCUGUGUGGGGAAAUGACGUCGGCCGGGUUCACGGAACGCUACACGGAGGUGUUAUACGCCCAUAUUCAGGAUAUGCACGGUUCGCGGAUCACCUACACCCACUGUACGGCCCGUGUCCGAUACGAUUCGCAGCUGGACCUCACUUUUGAUCGGCCAGUCUACAUCUACCGCAACCAGAUAUACAAGAUCUAUGUCGUAUUCAACAAGACGGGGUGGUAUCCAAUGUACUCGUGCGUCCCCGACGCCAACUGCCAUCGCGUCAAGUUCAUGUUCAACGUCGGACUACCGACGGAGUCCGUGCGCGACGGCCUCAUAUACGCCAUCAUCUUCUCCACCCCGCAGGAGCACGGACGCAAUCUGGUUGCAGACUAGAGAUGUACUAGUUAGUAUUUUGUAUUUUAUUGUAUGUGAUAGAUCGUAGGCUUUUAUCCUAGCGCUAGUUUGUAAAAUUGCCAGUACUUUUCGGUUGCUGCUGUUGGUUCCAAAAUUGUAUUUAUUUCGAAUUUAAAAUUGUACUAAGCCUAAGCCCACGACUCAAUCCAAUCGAUUCCCAUGACCGACAUUGCAAUACAAUUAAGAGUUAAGAGUUA